AUGGUUCGACGUAUCUUUUCUUGGCUUUGGGCCGUUCCUGUAUUGGCCCAAGUCCAAAGUUUUCAUCCUCGUGGCCACGAUGAUAUCACCUAUAGCAUUAAUGUGCCCCAAGACACAGCUAGGUCUGGAUCCGGUCCUAUAUUUUUUCAAUUGAACUCAACACGUCAAGUCGAGUGGUUCGCCUUGGGCCAAGGAAUGCAGAUGGCAGGCGCCAAUAUGUUUGUUGUCUAUACGUCCAACAACAACGUGACGGUUUCUCCGCGGUCGGGUGUUGGCGAAAUCCAACCUUUGUUUAACCAGGACGCCCGGAUCACAAUCCUCAAUGGUAGCGGUGUAUAUGACGGGGUUAUUACCGCCAGUGUCCGAUGUGAUACCUGCAUGAAAUGGAGUAGGGGGUCAGAGAACGUCAACAGUACCUCCAGCCCAUGGCUUUGGGCAGUGAAGUAUGGAAAAUCACUGAACUCUGCCAGCGUGUCCAAAGAUAUCAUCCAACAUGAUGAUAGCGGCGUUGUGUCUGUCGACAUGAAAAAAGCGACUGGCGGUAGCUCCGAGAACCCAUUCGCUCAACUUGUCCAAGCAUCUGUCUCGUCCGGCGAGGAAGACGCGGGGGAUGCGGCCUUCGGAGACAUGGUCGAGAGGAAGAAGAUAGCACAUGCUGUGCUCAUGGUCCUGGCCUUUGUGAUCAUGUUCCCUUUCUUCGCACUUGGACUUCACGCCUUCCCAUCCAAAUGGACAGCGAACAUCCACGGCACAUUCCAGCUUUUUACCCUAGCAGUAGCUAUUGCGGGUCUCGGAGUAGGCGUUUCACUGGCACGACAGAUCCAACUGAUUGAUUCUUAUCACGCGAUUAUCGGCAUGAUCGUUGUCUCCAGUCUCGUACUCUUUCAACCCAUCAUGGGACUGUUGCAACAUCGAUUCUUCCGAAAAACGGGUAGAAAAGGCUCCUUUGCUUAUAUGCACCGAUGGUUCGGAAGGACGAUGAUGGCACUGGGAGUGAUCAAUGCCGGACUCGGCUUUAAGCUUGCGCAAGGGCCGCGUGGGGCUAUCAUUGCGACGAGUAUUGUUGCUGGAAUCAUUGGUGUGGUUUACAUUGGUGUUGUCAGUUGCAUUGGAAGACCAAGGAGACGUGCGGCAUUGACUCCAACUGUUCUGCAUACUCUCAUCAGUCAUUACCUAAAUCGCAAAGCGCUGCACGACAAACCUACCGUUCAUAUUACCUACGACGAGGGUAUACAGAUUGUCCGCUCAUUCUUAUACUAUGCAUCCAAGCAUCCCGUCGAAGACCUUCAAGCAUUCACCCGCCAGUGGGUACCCAGCCCACACUGGGUGAGAACCGAAACAAUCACAAUCCCGGAGCAAUUCCUAUAUUCCGCUGCAGAAUUGGUCUCAAAGCAGCUCGGUCCAGAAGGAGUGGUACGGGUGGGAGGAGUAAAAUGGUGGCAAUGGCGCGGGCCGGCUGAGGACCUGAAGGGAGAGUGGAUUGAGAUGCGCAAUCACUAUAACGAGACCAAGAAGGCCAACAAGCGCUGUAACCGUGUGAUGCUGUAUAUCCAUGGCGGUGCCUACUUUUUCGGAAGUGUGGAUACCCAUCGGUAUAUGAUGCAGCGUCAUGCCCGGAAGUUGAAGGGACGUGUAUUUGCGCCGGAGUAUCGACUAGCGCCGCAAUUCCCCUUCCCAUGUGCCCUGCAUGACUGCAUGGCAUCCUAUCUCUGGCUGCUCAAGUCUUAUGAGCCGAAGGAGAUUAUUAUUGCUGGUGACUCUGCGGGCGGAGGUCUGGCUCUCUCGAUGCUGGUCGUCAUGCGAGACCAGGGUAUUCCUUUGCCCGCUGGUGCCAUAUUGAUCUCUCCUUGGGUUGAUUUGACACACUCGUUCCCAAGUAUUGUGGAGGAAAACCCAGGGGAUUAUGUGCCCCCAUAUGGUUUCCGUCAUAAACCUUCCACAGCCUGGCCUCCUCCUAAUGCUGAUGAUAUCUUAAAAAUGAAGAAGAUGUCACAGCUCGACAAAGUCACCGCCGACGAUGUCAAGAAUGCCAUUCCAGCGCCCAACAGUGUUGCUGAAAAAACUGCUGUCUCCGGUUACACUGUUCAUGAAGGAAACCCGCCCCCAGCUGAACCUGCCUACCCCGGCCAACAACAGACUCCGGAUCCUGGUACCUUGCAUGCCGAACCCGACAAUAUUAAUGUUGUUCUGGAUGGAAAGACAAUUGAGCUGAAGGACCAAAUCCAAAUGUACACAUCCAACCAGUUGAUGUCCCACCCUCUGGUUUCCCCAGUACUUCAAUCCUCUUUAGGUGGUCUUCCUCCCCUCCAAAUUUUAAGUGGCGGCGGCGAGAUGCUCCGCGAUGAACAGUUCUAUAUCGCCCACAAAGCUGCAAACCCAACAGCAUAUCCACUCGGCGAUGUGUACCUCGAUGAACAUGAUCCAACUCGGGAGAUCUUGCACAAAUAUGAACCGACUUAUGUUCAACUCCAGGUCUGGGAUCACCUAUGUCAUGUGGCUCCGACCUUGAGUUUUACCCAGCCAGCCAAGUAUAUGUUCCGUUCGAUUGCCCAGUUUGGUUCCUGGGCGUUGGCUCGUGCACAAAAUGGCGAGGUUGAAAUUGAGGACGACCCUAUUUUAUCACCCGUUACAUCAAGUAGCUCAGAGGGCGAUCAGGCUUCGGGGCCUCAGGCUGCAAUGAAUAGAUUACCGGAACAUCCAGGACCCUCGUCUGUUGGCAAAGCUGGGGAUCCCCUGCCAGCGUUCCAUGAGCACAUGAUACGCCAUCGAAUCGAUAAGCGAGGACAAGUGUUCCCACUUGAUCCACCUUCAUCCUACCCAGUUCUGCAGAUCCCACCCUCAAAGGUAGGAAGUAUCAAUCCUGAACUUAUUCGGAAAUGGCUGGACGCCAAGCAAGAAUGGGAUAUCCGAUUCUCCAAGGAGAAGCUUCGCGUUCAGAGUCGCCGAAUGAAAGAGCUAGCCCAUGGCUUCCAAGACUUUGACGGCGAGGUCCCCCCUCCAAGCUCCUUGGCUGCCCGCCGUGCUGCUCCCGGUGUGCUACCAAAGCGCCAUGCCAAGAAGAACUACGGCAUGAUGAUGUGGAGCGGCUGGGGUAGUAAACAUGACGAGCGCACAAUGGAGAAGCAGCAACUUGCGCAGCAGUCAGGUAGACAAUCUACCCGUGCCAGCGUCGACGCUGGCCAGGCUGGAGCCUGGUCUAGCAUGCCGGCGCUUAACAAGCAAAACGAGAAGGAUGCUGGCCAAGACAAGGGCAAAUCGCCGACCGCUGGCCCUGCACCGGUCUCCUGGGAUGAGAAAGACCACCAGAAUAGCGGCGAUUCCACCAAUGGACGCACAUCUGAUGUCGAAACGCCCUCUCGGGUAUCAUCGCAAACCACCGGCGGUCCAAUUCUCGUGCUACCUGAAGGCAACAAUAACAAAUUCACCGACGAUAACGCGAGUACAAGGGCGCUCUUCCACGCCGCGGGAUCCCUGCCAAUGAAAUCGGACAUCUCAUUAGCCCAAAGCAGAUAUACUAGGCCGUCGUCAGCUGCAGGAUCAGCCACCGGCCGAAGCGAGUUUAUGUCCGACACUGGCAGUACUGUUGGUGGCGAUAAGGAGUCUCUCGCCUAUUUAAACACGGCGUCUGAUAACGCAAGUACCCGCGCUUUGCUGGGUGCGAGAGGAAUUUCCACUCAGAUCAUGGCUGGAGAAAAUGGCCGUCGCUCCACGGAUACUCUUUCUGUCUUCUCGGCGGCUGGUCGCGAUUCCAUGUCCCAUCGCCCUGAAAUGCCUGACAGGGAGGUUUUCAAGACUGCCGAGGAAGGGCUGUAG